CGGCGUACCUUGUACGGGUACGGAACAGGAGGCCUGAGAGAGAGAAGUAUUCAAAAUGACGCCGAAAUGUUUGGUUUUAGCGGCAAUCGUCGUGGCCAGUAUACCUCAGAUGGUGUUUGGACAGGUUUCCGGUCUAUCUUUGUUCCAGGAGAUCGCCAAACGACCAGAGCUUUCACAGUACAGAUCAUGGCUGACACGUGCCCAGCUGGAGCCUAACUUCCAGGGUAACAAUCGUUACACUGUUUUUGCACCAAACAACACAGCGUUCCAGCAGAUGAGCGCCGAGAAACGAUUGCGAUUUGAACGUAUGCUCCGAACAGAAAUUGCCAACUACGUGUGGUCUCUAGCAAUUUUUGGCACAACGCUCCAGACAAACAGCAUGCAGGAUGACUCUGUACAGAGAAGCCAUGGUGGCAACCAGGAGAAGCUGUUCAUAGCUGUCAAGCCAUCUGUAGGGGGCCAGGCUGGAGUAUAUCAGUAUUAUGUUAACGGGGCCCGAAUUGUUAAUGGUGAUAUUCACUGCUCCAACGGGAUCUUGCAUAUAAUCAAUUACAUUCCGGAACCAGUCAGCAACAAGUUCAUGUACAGUUAUCUUCAAAACCCUGAUCUGCCCUCACUCAGAAUCACGCGGUUUUUCAAUGACCUGUUGUUUUACCUCCCCGAAACCGACUACGACACCAUUCCAGUUUUCAAGACCGCUGAGAAAAUGACGCUCUUUGUUCCAUCGGACGAAGCCAUGGCAAAAGUUCCAGCGAGUAAACUUUCAGAACUGAGGGCAGAUGCUGUGAAAUUAAAUCAGGUCAUCAAGCGUCACUACAUCCUCAAACAGGCGAUUCACACAUCCUGGGUGGUGCACAGACAAGAGUUCCAGACUGAGCUGCCUAACGAGAAAAUUACCUUCAGGAAAAUUAAGACAGAUAACUUCCCAGAAAGAGUCUAUGUGAUGUCAGAGGGUGUGAAUGCAGAGAUCACGUUUGGGAACAUCACAGUGGCCAAUGGGGUUCUGCAUGUUGUGGACAGCAUCCUGGGGUACAGGUACAACUCGGCCCUACAGCAGGUGGAAUCAGACAGUACUGUGAGUUCCUUUGCCGCCGUACUUCGUCAAGCCUCUGCAGAGAUUCAGAACACCCUUAGGGACCAGAUGGGCAGUCAGCAGGUCACCCUCUUUGUACCCACCAACGAAGCCAUGGCCAAUAUAAACAGUCUCCCUGGGGUCGACUUUGUGGGCAACAGGACUCUCACAGACAUGGUUAUCCGUUACCACAUUCUAGAGGUCGGGAACGCCCUGGUUGUGAUGGAUGUGAACAAGCAGUACGAGGGACGCGAGACGAGAAGGACCAUGUAUCAGGGACAGAGUGUGUCUAUCUAUCAGAGAUUUAAUGACACUUACGUGGAGGCAGGGUACGUGCGAGCCAGAGUUGUACGCCCAGAUGUUGGAGUAACCAAUGGUUAUGUACAGUACAUCGAUCGUGUGUUUGGCAUUCCUCCCAAGGACAUUCCAACAACAAUCUGUGAAGACGCCUGGCUGUAUAAAACUUACCUGGUGAUGAAUGGACUGACUUUAGGAGAGUAUCUUAGAGAUCGUGGACUGACACAAGGUUCACCUGGACGUACCUGUGUUGUGCCAAGUAGUUACUACAAUAACCGAUACAACCAGAACAACUACAACCAGAACAACUACAACCAAAACAACUACAGGACCUCAACCAGCCGCUACAACCAAAACACCUACAACCAAAACCAAAACAACUACAACCAAAACCAGAACAAUUACAACCAAAACCAGAACAAUUACAACCAAAACCAGAACAACAACAAUCAAAACCAGAACAACUACGGUCAAAACAACCGCUAUGGGAACUCAUACGUGGACUAUCAGGAUGUCCCUCAGGAGUUCACUGUGUUUGUUGUCAAUGGAAGUGCAAUGGAGUACUUUGAGGAGACCAACCUUGGCCGGACGAUCAUGCAGGAUCCAAUUAGAUACAGAUGGAUCAUGCGGCGUCAUGUCAUACCUUACCGCACAAUCCACAUGGACAAACUUCCUGAAGGUAACCACAUAUUUAGAACAGAUAACGGCGAGGAAAUUGUCCUGAAGAAGAAUGGAUACGGUAUCCGUGCAUAUGUGGAGAUUGUAUUUGGUAGAAAGCGCACACAAGUCAUUCACAUGGAUUUGGGAGCGACCAAUGGCGUAGUCCACAUCGUCCGUGAUAUCCUAGCAGUGGAGGAAGACAGGACAAGGGCGGUGUCUUACGGUAGCAGACCUAGUGCAGUUUCUGUAGUUGUUCUCUUCCUAGUAACAGCUGUUGUCAAACUCUUAUGAUCUCUCCAUUGAUACAGAUUGCUGCUUUUUUCAUUGGGACUUUAUCUAGAGAGUGAACUCUGAGCGAUGAAAUGGUGUAAAUAUCUCCUUUGUAUUUUUAUUUUUGAUACAUCUUGGUAACUAUCUUAAAUUUUAUCCAAUUUUAAAUCAGUUUUGUAGAUUACUUUGAUUCAUAUUAAUCAAGAAUUGUUGUUCUGUGAACAUAAUUUCGUCAUCUCUGCUCUUCAGUUUUUAACUCUUACUGCUCUAUUCAUGAUAUGCUAGGGAGAAAUGUUCUUCCCAUUUUUCAUGAUAGCCCCAUUAAAGACUUUAUUACAUGUAAACAUCACUGUAUGCAUUAACAUACAUAGAACGUGCCUCUACAGCCGUAUGUGCGAAGGUCGCCAUCAGUGUGCAAAUGGUCAUGCGUUUCCUGUGAGCUCUGCACAGUGAAAUGUUCUUGAGUACGGCAUAGAACAUCAGUUGAGUAAAAAUAAAUAAAUAUGUCGUCGUACAUGAAGUUUAUAGUUCACCUACCUUUCACCAAUAUGGUAUUCAGUUAAAAUCCAUUUAAAACGUGGUAAAACUCGGUCAUACUUUGGGGAAUUUGACAUUCCCUGUACGCGACUCAACCUUGUAUAUGUAUACAUAUCACAAAUACACAUAUAAGUGCUAUUACAUGCAGUAAAUAUUUUUAUUGAUUUGUGCAUAUCAAGUUUGAUUUUUUCUCUCCACAAAUACAUUUUUGGUGAAUUUUUUUUAAACAUGCUGAAUUGUAGUUGAUUCCCAACAUAUUCAGAAUCAUGCAUAGCGUUGAUCAGUUCCUGAUGUACUUAGGCACGGUAUGUAUUCAUCCCUGAUGUACUGAAAGAAGUAGGGCGUGAUCCCGGGCAUAGUUUGAAAUGCCUACUUUAGUGUAGAUAGCUAUGGCGGUAAAGGUGUGUGGGUUCAAACCCAGCCAAGGAGAGGGACUUUGCGGUUUCCGCCACUCUGAACGUUUGUAAGACCUUGGUGAGAAAGAGUUGGCUACGCUUGUGUCGCCAUUGUGUGUCUAACGUUUGCUUAAAGCAUCAUGUCGUCCAUAACAAGGCGAACAAAUGUGUACGGCACAAGUGGGGAAGCGCAUCAGUAACCUACCGAAUGUCAGUGGAUUUCCCUGUUCGCUCUGUUUUCAUCCACCCAUAAAAUUCGUAGCCAUUAUUUAAGUGAAAAGUUUUAAAGUAUGGCUUCAAACAACAAUCAAGGGAUCACUCAAUCAUUAUAAACAAGCCACCUUAGCCCUGAAAAACUCCUUUUCAUAACUCAGGUCAACAGAAUUAAGAUUUGGAUGUAAAAGUUUGAUUUUAUAGGAUAUAACCUGCUUUUAAAAGUCAUUUGACAACUUGUUAUGAAUUUUAUAUUCUACAUUAUUGUAUGUUAAUAGGCAAACUACCUUUAUUAUUUAUUUAAGGUACCGUUAGUAAAACUAUGUUAUAUACUUAAGCUAAUAUUAUACGCGUGUAUCUCGAAUUUAGCUUAGCAUUGAUCUGUACAAUACUGUUCAUACGUACAUUUUGUGUGUAUUUUACCAUUGCACUUGUACGCUUUUAAAUCGCUUCAGCUGACGUUACAUAGCUUUUAUUCCAGUUCAGAUGCAACUGAAAUAGUGGUACACACAUAAUUAUAUAUGCACCAUUGAACAUUGUAUAUUUCGUUUGCAUCUUUAUAAACAUUAUACGCACGUGUCAGCUGAAUAAAUAUUAGUGUAGAUCUUUAUGUCUUGUACCAUUGUGUCAAAGAUCAGCUCAUAUUGGCUGCUCGGAGUUUUGAAAAUUGAUAUUUCAUUAUUGGAUGGAAAUUGUCCUAUGGUGGGUUUACUCUUAUUGGUGCAGACUUGUUUUUGUGAACAGAAGCAGUUGGAAUUUAACAGUCGUUUUCAUCAUUCGCUGUUUAAAUUCCCUCUUUGUUUGUGAAAUGCAUGUGGAUUUAUAGUCUUAAAA